UUGAUGAUACUUGUGACAUGUCUGCUGUUCUUGGUAUUCUCUCGUCCGCCAGCGUAUUUCCUCCUGACGUUCAAAAGUUGGCAAGGGACGUAAGAAGUGACGUCAGAAAUCCUUGGGGUCACUGUAAAUUUCUGGAGUGGGACGACACAAAGUUCACAAGGUGCUUUCAGUUGAUGAGAGAUCUCCUUCAAGCUUUAAAAUUGCCUGAGGACGAUGAAAAACGAAUAACGGACGAACUGGGAGAGUGGGAAACCAUAGGUAUUGGUGCAGAUUCUUUGGUAAAGUUUAUCGAGUUUGCUCAAGUAGAAAUUAAACGGUUGUCUCAAGAAGUAAAGCGUUUGGAAGCAAACGAGAAAGACGAAGCUGAAAAAAUAGCCGCUACUUUACGCGAUAUCCUAGACAUUCUCGUCAAGGAAAAUAGAGACAAAGACAAGAAGUUAGAAGCUUUGGAUACGAGAGUUACAGCUUUGGAACAAAACAGGGAAUAUAGCGACAAAAAGAUAGCAGUUGUGGCACAAAAACAAGAAAAGUGCGAAAACAGGCUUGAAACUGUGGAACAAAAAGUUAAAGAUAUUACACCAAUUACAGACGAGGAUCCAGUAGAGUGUCUUGGGAUUGUUAUUACUGAUAAUUUCAAUGACCUCCCAGAGGAUAUUUUCUACUUAAUGUCAACGUACCUCGACCAUAAAGACAUACAAUGGAUAAAAGAGGCACCAUGGAAACCAGAGAAAUUUCUUCGUAAAUUUCCAAARAAAAGUUGCGAUAAACCAAGAAAAGAUUGUCUACAACAUCUCGUGGACGUUUUAUGUGAAAAAUUUCCAGUAGCAAUGUCUGGUUUAUUAGAAUUGCUAGGCGUUGGUAAAGAGUUAGUGACUACGCCUCUCAAGGAUAACAAAGAGCUCAAAGAAAAAACCAUAGAAAUUGUAAGUAGAAACCCGAAUAUCUGCUGGGAGACUUUGGCUGGUCAUUUACAMGUCGAUGAAAAGAUAUUGAAGAAAUGUAGGGAAGAUUACUCGGGAGAUACACUUGAAGUAACAAUCCAGAUGCUCAGAGAGUGGAUCGAAACAUCAGAUGAGAGCUSUACAUUAGAGAUCAUAUUCGAUGCUUUAAGGUUGUGUGGGUAUAGRAAAACAGGGGAAGAACUAGCUUCCUAUACGACGGGAAAAUGCAAAGAUAAAAUUGCACAGCUAAUACAAGCCGAGCAGAGCCGACRAGCCGAAUCAAGCCGAACCCACGAGCCGAGCUAAGCCAGAUCAUAUUUGAUGCUUUAAGGUUGUGUGGGUAUAGAAAAACAGUGAAGAACAAACUACCUAUACGACAGGAAAAUGCGGGGAGGGGGAGGGGGGGACUGGCGUAGCUAUCGCGCAGUGAUUGUUGUGAAAAGAUAAUAAGCAAAAUAGAUGAGUAGACAGUAAUUCCCCUCCAUGCGGGAUUACACGGAGCAAUUUUCUCUGCAACUUGUCUCGCAACAAGCCAAGCUGCAAUAGUGUUACACGGUGCAACAGAGACGCAAUCGGCUACACGCUGCAAUGCCUCAUGCAAAUUGUUUCGCAACGCCGUUUCGAGGGAAGUUGAAGAGAAAUUUGCUCCGUGUAAUCGCUCCUUUACACUCGCGACUGUUGUUAGUCACUAUAGAUUAUAUAUAUGAUUUUGGUUCACGGCCAAAUAAAAUUACUCGAAAUUUUAAAUCAGUAAUAGUAUGUUCAUGCAAGGACGGAUCCAAGAUUUUCAAAAAUGAAUGUGCUUAACAGUGUAACUGUUGUAAAAUGAUGUCAGAGGGUUAGUGGGGUGGGUAAUUUAAAAAUAUAGUUAGAAUAAUAAAAAUAAAUUMACCUUUCCCGAAUUUUCUCGAGUGAAUAUAAAGCAAUGUUUCCAGGUCGAGGUUGGAAAUGAUAAAAUGUAACAAAUGAAUGAAAACGUGAGUACCAACCUGUCGACUCGAGCGAACUCUGGAAAGGUGUCUAGAAAGUAAAAAUAAGAUUUUGGCCACUCAGAUUAGCCAUGGUGAUAAAUGUAGUAAGUAGAGUUUAUUGCUUUUAGUUUUAUCUGUUUAUUUUAUUGAUAUUAUUAUAUUUUAUUUUUUUCAAAACUAAGAAGAAAAAUCAAAUUUCAGCCAUUCGAGGGUUAAGGAAAAAACUGGGUCUAGUUGUCAUUGUAGUGCAUUGUGGGACUGUUUCAAAUAGACAAAAUAGACGCCAUCUUGGAAAUAUGUCCCCAAAAGCAUUACCACAAUGCAUGGAAUUGUCAGCUUAACCCAGUUUUUUCCCUCGACGUCGAAACGGCAAAUUACAUUGUAUUUGUAAUUGUAUUUUAAUAAUAUGUAUUAUAUCUAAAACUAUUUUCUGAACAACACUUUUCGAUUCCAGUGUAGGCUAGCAUAGCCACUAUAAAAAAAUAUGCUAUAUUUUACUAAACAUAUAAAUACUUGAUAUUUAUAUAAUUUUAUUAUAUUAAAAUUGAAUAAUAAAAAUAARCCAUAAUAUUUGAA